AUGCUGGUGACCUAUUUGGAAGACAGCCGGGACCUUUGCGAGACGGACUCAAUUCUUUUUGGCGCCGCGCUGGCAGUGUGCCGUAUUAUAAGCUCCAAACUUUCCACGGCUGGACGCGCUACUGGACAAAGUAGCGCUAUCCCAGCCUGGAGAAUAAGAAUUGAAGAACGUAUCGCAAAGGCUAGGGCCCUCAUCGGCAGACUGAUAUGCUUCAGGUCAGGCAACAAUAGACCAAGGAUUGUGCGCACCGUCAGGAUGGCAUUUGCUGGGACAAAUGUUAAUUUGUUUCAGCCGGAUAUAAUGCAAAAACUGACGAAGCGCAUAGAUGACCUGAAGCAGAGAAUCGCUGCUUGGGGAAAGCGGAUUCGGCGAUAUACCGAGAGGUCGACACGGUUUAACCAGAAUCGUCUCUCCCAAGGCUCUAAUCUUGGAGCACCAAUGUUAAGUGGAACGGCCCACACCAAAUCAGCCACACUGUAG